CGUAAGAUACAGUUCGCCUCUCUGUUUGUGAAUAUAUUGUUUGAGUGUGACGUGUGACAAACAUAAAACUCUUUACUGUAGAGGAAUUAAAAAAGUUGAUUAAUUGAAAUUUCUUCAAUUUAUUCGCUGCUGGCACCAAUCGGAAUAGUUACUACACAAUGGCUUCAAAACUGAAGAAGGAAAAAAUCGCUAUCAUUGGCAGUGGACUAAUCGGUCGGUCAUGGGCCAUGCUGUUUGCCGGCGUUGGUUAUCAAGUCACCAUUUUUGACAUAAUUCCGGAAGUGGUAGAAAAGGCACUACAACAAACGCUAGAGGAGCUGAAUAGCCUUGAAAAGAACGGAUUGCUACGCGGUUCACUCAAUGCAAGCGAACAAUUUUCGUGUAUUCGUGGGUCACACCAGCUAAAGGAAGCAGUCGAUGGAGCGUUGCUACUCCAAGAAUGCGUACCGGAGAACUUAGAACUAAAGAAAAAACUAUACAAAGAUCUAGACGCUGUAGUCGGAUCGAACACGAUAAUUUCCAGCUCCACCAGUACGUUUAUUCCGUCGUUGUUUAGCAAGGAUUUGAAGCAUAAGGACCAGGUUUUGGUAUCUCAUCCCGUAAACCCACCGUAUUACGUUCCACUGGUGGAAAUAGUACCAGCCCCUUGGACGAGACCGGAAUUCGUUGUAAAGACACGUGAACUGAUGACAGAAAUCGGACAAAAACCAGUGACCCUCUCGCGAGAAAUCGAAGGAUUUGCCCUUAAUCGUAUUCAGUAUGCCAUUCUGAACGAAACCUGGCGCUUGGUAGCGGACGGAAUUCUAAACGUGAAGGAUAUUGACAGCGUAAUGUCAGACGGAUUGGGCAUGCGAUAUGCAUUUUUGGGUCCUCUGGAGACCGCCCAUCUGAACGCUGAAGGCAUGCUUAACUAUUGUGAUCGAUACAGUAAAACAAUUUUUGCAGUUAGCGAAACCAUGGGAGCGACCCCUAAGAUGGAGGGGAAAGUAACCCAACAGGUAGCAAAAGAACUGGAGGAAAUGGUUCCGUUGGGCAAGUUACCAGAACGACGAGCCUGGCGAGAUGCUUGCCUAACUAAGCUGGCACAAUUGAAGAAGGGGAUUUAAAAGUUUUUCGUUAAUAGAAUCAAUCAUAAUGGU